AUGUCGCGAACUUUUUUCCCAUACCUUAUUUUGUCUUUGUAUUUAAAUAGUUCGUAUGCUCAAGAACAACAACAUGAUAAACAUAAAAAUUUAUGGCAAGAUUUACAAAUUGAUUUUCGUCUUGAAGCUUUAAAAUUUCCAGAUAAUAAAAUUUAUGGAACUAUUAAUAUUAUACCAGAAUCAUCUCGUAAACUUAUUAAAAAAUUUGUUGUAAUCAUUAAUGAAUCAAAGCGAAUUGAAUUUGAUCGUCAUUAUGAAACUUUGGCAGUAUCAGGUUUCAAUACAAAUAGAAAAAACUCUUCGGUUUAUAUUCAAGUUAUACCGAAUAAUGAAAAAUGGGCAAGAGAAGAUAAAAUAUCAAAAGUUUGUCAUUUUUAUUUUACUGGUGAAGUUUUUGCAUUAAGUCCAACAAUAAGUUUUAAAUGGUCAGAUGAUAAAAAAAAUCCUAAACCAAAUCUUAUUAUUCAAUGGUAUCAUAUUGGAGAUAAAAAUGCUCAACAAUAUAUUCUUUAUUUAGAUGAUGUAGAAAUUCAAUAUAUACGUCAAAAACAAAUCGCAGAUUCAUUUUUUGUUAGUAUUUGUGGUUUUGAAUGUGGAAAUAAACAUACUUUUCAAUUAGCAGCAACACUUAAUAAUGGUAAAGAAACAUAUCGAUCAGAUAUUAUAGAAUUUACUGUACCUGAUAAAGAAUUCAUAGACAAUGAUAGUGAUGAAUUUAUUACUAUAUCAAAUGAACCACCUCCACCCGACUUACCAGGUACUAAUUAA